GUGAAAUCGUCUGCUCGAUGUUUGGUAGCAGACGACGGUUAAAAAAAAAAAAAAAACGGGGGUAGGAGAAAAAAUUGCUACCAAUCCCCUAGGGUCGAUUGACUCGGUUGAUCAAAGAAUGGAUUAGGAUUGCUUGCCAGCCGAGGAGUGUGAAGUUCUGUUAAUAGGACGCCCGGAACUGUUAAAUUAAAUACACAUUGGUCAUAAUCUCGAGCGUAAACGCCGGAUUUGGCCCACGUUAAUUAUAAACAGAAAUAAGGAAUCAGUGGAUUGAGGCAAGUCAUUAUAACCGUCAUAUUUGUAUCCAUAUAAUCGCUCGGAGAGCAGAAGGAAUUUAUUAUAGUGAACUUUUUUUUUCUUCCCCCCACGGAUAUAAAGUGUAUUCACGUGUUUUUUCAAUGUGUGAUACAGUUUUUCGUGAUAAUUUUGAUAACAAGCUUUAAAGAGGAUUUAAAGAUGAGUUGAGGCCGGAAACUUUUCGAAGGUAAAGGGCUACACAAGUUUGGCACUGAGGUCUGGUGAGCCAAAGAAGAAAAAAACACGCACAUUUAAGAAAAUGCUGUGUGGUUUGAGUUCGGAUCAUCUUGGAUAUAAACUAUGCAGUUAAAGGUCACCCAUGUUGACAUCAUGACGUCACAAUGACCGCGUCCUUGACAUUGCUUCUAGGCUUCAUCUUGUACACGUCUGCAGGCACCCAGCCGCCCGACCCGUUCUUCAUGCUGCUAGAAGCCAACAACCAGGACGUGGAGAAGGCGUACAUAGGGCGGCGCCCCUCUCACUCCGAGCAGCUCCCCAUCGAGGACCUGAUCGAGAGCUCGGACAAAAUUUACGACCCCCGCCCCAGUGACAUCAACGAGAAGCUCUUGCGGAAACAGCUGGGCGCCAAGUUCCGGUCUGAGUUCCUCUCCAUUCGCGACCCCGAAAAGAAAAUGAAUCAGCGGAUAGCAUUUCACAACGGCAGGCCCGUCGGUCGAAGGCCCCGCUUUCUGGGACUCCUAAGGUCCGCCCUCCUCCAGGACGGCUCCCGCAUAGAGCUCAACAUCAGCAAAAAGGAGAGGCGGAAAUUUCAGAAGUAUCUAUGGAGCUUGACGUUUUGCCCCGUGAUUUAUUCGUGGAAGUAUCUGGGAAUCCGCUUCUGGCCUCAUUGGAUCAAAGAGGGCAAAUGUCUCAUGAAGAGGUCGUGCUCCCUGCCGGAAGGGAUGACCUGUAACCCCAGCUCGUCCAGCAACAUUGCUCUCCUGAGGUGGCACUGCACGGACUACGAGAACCACAGCACGUGCCAGUGGAUUCGAAUCCUGUAUCCAAUCAUCACGGAGUGUUCCUGUUCCUGCCGUGCCGAUACGUAACCAUGACAACCACGACGUCAGAAGACGUCACGCGAUGACGCAACUACUCACGUUUCUUGUGACGUAACAAAAUAUCGAAAGGCGAAGCAGGAAGUGGUAAAACACUAUCGGCAUAAAACAAAAAUUGCCUACAGUUGGAUUCUCGUCUUCUGCCACGAAUAGAUUAUUUACUUAAUUCUCAAUGAACAAUUUUAAAAAAGGGUAUUUGUAAAUUUAUUAUAUUAUGUACAAAAAGAGACGAUAUGACUUCACGUUUUUGACCUGAUUCCAUUUCCGGUCUCUCCAACCGCCCCCCACACCUCUCCUUUUUGGUUGUCUCUGUGAUACUUGCAACGGACCGGAUGUAGUUUUUUUUCCUUCGAACAAAGUUAUAGACAACCGGAAACAAAAGGAUGGACCUCACGUCUGCUGCUUGCUGUUGCAUAGCAACAGCGGACAAGACAAUGCAUGUUCCAGAUUUUUUUGUGAAUCUACUUUGGAACAUUAUAGAAUUGUAAAUUAGCAUGAUUUGUUUUUCCAGUGUUCAAUUUUGUUUUGUCUACCUGUACAGUGAAUAAAUACAUGAACAAGAUAUUUGUGUUUAGGUCUG